UUUUUUGGCUGGGCAUUCGGACGAGCGGCAUAGAAUCAAUCAAUCAACACUGUCGAGCUGCGGGGGAAGAAACGUAGCGGAGGUUAUUCGCAUAGAACCUGUGUUGUAUUUUCCGAUCGUCCAACUUCGUCUCUAGAGGCGGAUAAGAGGCCAUCCCCAGGGUGCGACAUUUGCCGUUGCGGUUAAGAGGUGCCGCCGGCGCAGAGGUGCGUUCCGUUGAGCCCGGCUCGGAUCCGCGAAGUCGCGUCUAAGCCGCCGACCUCCUCCAGGGCAAAAUGCCGAUCUCUUUGAAUGUCAUCGACGACCCGACGACACCAGUGAAGGAUGAACACUUCCUCCUCCCAGACAAUCACAGUGUUGUCGCUGAAAGUGUCGGAAGCGGGCACCACAGUGAAACAUCGUCCCAACGUCCCAAAAUGGAUGUAGUCUGUGUUAUCGACUUCACACAGACAGACGACAGCCUGGCACAAAGAAAGAAGUGCUUUGAAGAAGUGAAACAGGCCUGUUCUUCUGUCAAUGCUGUUUUACAACAUAUUCAAUUUCAAAAAUUGGACUUUGGCGAGACAAAUGUGUUGACUGCGUUGUACAAUGCAGAUGUUGCUAUAGUCGAUUUGUCAGUACAAGAACACCAAAGAGCACUUUUUUACCACCUGGGAGUGAGAGAAAGCUUUAAAAUGAAAGAGAACAUUUUAUUGUUUAAUGAUAUAGACACUGAAGCUACUAUCCGGUUGAAGCUCACAUGUGCCGCUUAUACUUUACUAUGUUAUCGAGUUUCUGAAAACGGUGCCUGUGUGUGCACGAAUCCAGGAGGUCAAAGAAAAACAGACGACUCUUUGCCCGAAGUUCCACGCAUAUCUUUAGCGAUCAAACUGACAAAACUCCUCCAGGACGUAGAGGUUCAAUCAAAGGUGCAUAUAAAAGAAAAAUUUCUUGCUGACUUGAAGAAAACGAGAGAAACGCUCACUGGGGCUCAACUUUCAGUUGCACUUAAAAAUAUGAGAAAGAGAUUGGACGAUCCGAGGGUACUGUCUGCAGAAGUAGUUUAUGCUAUGUUGAUAUCAUUCCGGGAUAUCCAGGACUAUGAUGCCAUGGUUCAGUUGGUAGAGGAUCUACAAACCAUACCAAACAGAAAUGAAUACAACCAAACUCCUGUCCUUAGGUAUUUGUAUCCAUUUGCUUUAAACAGGAGAAACAAAGAAGGCGACAGAGAAAAAGCUUUGCAAGUAAUAGAGAAAGCGCUUACAAAGAAAGAAAACCACAUACCGGAUAUGGUCUGCCUUUGUGGGCGAAUCUACAAAGACAAGUUUGUCGAGUCGAUCUAUGAGGAUAAAUCAAGCCUCACGAGUGCGAUUCACUGGUACAGAAAAGGGUUCGAAGUCCAGCCGAAUGAGUAUGCCGGUAUUAACCUAGCGACGCUUUUGGUAAUAGACGGGCACGAAUUUUCAAAAUCUGAAGAGUUGCAGCACAUCGGUAUGGUUCUCAAUCAUUUGAUUGGUAAAAAAGGCAGUUUAUCGUCUUUGAAGGACUACUGGGAUGUCGCAACGUUUUUUGAAAUAAGCGUUCUCGCUGAGGACUACACGAAAGCAGUUCAGGCCGCAGAGUGCAUGUUUAAAUUGAAACCUCCUGAUUGGUACCUCAAGUCGACAAUUGGUAACAUAAAACUCAUAAAUAGAUUUCGUAAAAAAAUGGAUGAGUCAGAAGCCUCUCCAGAACAGAAAAUAUUUUUCUUUUGGAUGGAGUAUUUUGUCGAAGCUUUGAAUUCUGAGUUAAAAGAUAUUAUCCGCUUCCCGGUUUUGGUACUUGAGCCUACCAAAAUUUUCAUGCCCAGUUAUGUGACUGUGAACUCAGGGGCUGAUGAAAAAUCCAUUUCAAUAUUCAACCUUUGCCUUAAAGAACUGAAAGGCACUUGUAAACAGGUGCACGAAUGGGUUUUCACUGCUAAUAUGAUUAGAAGCCUCAGUUUAUAUAAGAGGGAUGAAAGAAGCCUGUUCCUCUAUGUCCAUCAGAAUUCAGAUGAUUUUCAGAUUUAUUUCUCAUCACCGAUGCAGCGACAACGGUUCUACGAGUUGGUACUCGAUAUGACUGCUGAUCAAGAAGGAAUAGUAAUGGACCUCGAUGCAGAUAUUUCUUCAGAACAAAUCAAAUUUGAAUAUGAAUAUGAUCAAAAUAAUAAGAGGAUUAUUUUGGGAAAAGGGACAUACGGAACUGUCUACCAAGCUAGAGAUAUGACUACCCAAGUCCGAAUAGCUAUUAAGGAAAUUCCAGAAGAGAAAAUAGGUGAUGUGCAACCACUACAGGAAGAAAUCAAGCUACACUCGCAGCUAAGACAUCGCAAUAUUGUACAAUAUCUCGGCUCGGUGUCAGAGAACAAUUAUUUCAAAAUUAUAAUGGAACAAGUUCCAGGAGGAAGUCUCUCAGCUCUUUUGAGAAAGAAGUGGGGCCCAUUGAAAGGAAAUGAGUCAACAAUUGUGUUUUACACUAGACAAAUUUUGGAAGGUUUGAAAUACCUCCAUGACCAAAAAAUUGUCCACAGAGACAUAAAAGGCGACAAUGUUUUGGUGAAUACAUACAGCGGUGUAGUGAAAAUAUCAGAUUUUGGAACGUCGAAGCGUCUUGCUGCCAUGUGCCCAGAUACGAAAACAUUUGCCGGUACUUUACAAUAUAUGGCACCUGAAGUUAUAGACAAAGGGCAGAGGGGUUACGGUGCUCCGGCUGAUAUUUGGUCUCUUGGCUGCACAAUUGUUGAAAUGGCUACGGGGAAGCCACCUUUUAUCGAACUCGGCUCCCCCCAGGCUGCUCUUUUCAAAGUCGGAUAUUAUAAAAUCCAUCCAGUUCUUCCGGAAGAGCUGUCAGACAAGGCGAAAAAUUUCAUCAAACGGUGUUUUGAUCCUGAUCCGAGCAAACGGGCCACAGCUUCAGAGCUUCUUGAAGAUCCCUUUCUCUCAGACAAAAAGAAAAUGUCAAGAGGUCUUGUGCAACCUCAAGAGCUCAAUAGAAGUGUCUCAGUGCCUGCGGAAAGGUUCAAUAAAGUCCACCAACAAACAAGCUCUUACUGCAAUUCUGUGUCUUCAACUUAUAACAAUAACAGCGUAGUUCAGAAAGUGCCGAACACUGACGAGGUUGUUUCCACCCAGUCCCAUCCAGCCAAGAACAAAAGCUCGUCCUUGCUGGCGCCCAUCGUUAUGCCCACAAGAGGACAUUCAAUGAACAGCAUCAAUACUCCUGAGAUUGAAGAAAUGCCUGUAAUAACGAGAAGAAGCAGUUAUGUCGGUGUCAUGUCGCCUGAGGUUGAAGGAGGCCCAAAAGCUCCUAUGGAACAGGACGGGUUUUAUCUCUUAAAGAAAGACAACCAGAGGAGAAAGACUUUAUCUGAAGUGUUGACUGAAGACGAUGCCAGCAUAUGUGAUGCGAUGAUGGAAAGGAUUAAGAAGGAACUGACUGAUACUACAAUCGAUGAAGCACAUUUGGAGUCGCUAGUGGCCAUGGUUAGGGAUUAUAUUGCAAACCAGGAUAAAACCGUGAUGGAAAAUGCUAUAAAUAAAUUGAAAGCUGAAUUUAACAAUGACACGGUCUCGUUGGACCACUUACAGUUGGCACUUUAUUUUUUUCAAGAUGCUGUAAUAAACGCACUGCGUCUGAGGAAAAUAAAACCCCAUUGGAUGUUUGCAUUAGACAGCCUUUUGCGAACUGCUGUACAAACUGCGAAUUCAUUUUUGUCUCCUGAGGGAGCCUUGGGCGAACACGACAUAUUCUAUGAACACGUCGGUCAAGGUGUACGAACUGGGUCUGUAAAUUCCAAUUCGACUGUCAACUCGCAGCAUACUAGCUUAAGCUACCAUUCUCCCAAACAUCUCCUCAGGGGACAACUCAGUUCCCUAAAAGCUGAAAAUGCAAAAUUAAUGCAAGAAUCUUUUGAGGCACAGUCGAAUAUGUACAACUUGCUCAAACAGAUGUUAGACCAACAGAAAAUGUUUGUAGAUGUUAUGAAAGGCGUUAUUGAGAGCACAUCGGUAUUAACGACAGCUGUCACUAACUUGGCAAAAGAUAGGAUGGAUAGAGGAUCAGGUAGUUCUAAUGGCAUGGAACUGCCAGAGAUUAGUAUUACUGAAUGCCAGGUGGACAAUAAACUGGUUGAAUGGCUCAACUCGCUUAAACUCGAUGAUGAAUCUAUACAAAAGUUUAUUCAUGAACAAUAUACAAUGGAUGAUCUACUCCAGUAUUUAAGCAGAGAAGACCUGAGGAGAAUGAAUCUCCGAGGAGGUGUUGAAUUGAAAGUAUGGAAGGCGAUUAUGGCUUGGAGGAGGGAACACAGGCCUAUAAACCAAAAUAGAAAACCGUCAGUUGAGAAGUCAAUAAUCGUCAACAGUAUAUCAAACCAUCACCAGUUAUGACUAUUGGCCGCCCUAUUCAGUUUUUACUUCUUAUUUGUUAUUCUGGUACAUUGAAUCGACUGAGUUUUAUUUGUAUCUUAGUUUCAUGUUAUCUUAGAAAUGUUAAUGUUUCAUGUUCUACAAGCUUUAAACAAUUUGUAUAAUGGGUUGUUGUAUAUAUUGAUGUAAAUAGGCGGUUAUGCUCUAAUCUAACAUGUAAAUAAAAAUAUUGUUUGUAAUAUUUAAUUUUAAAAA